CGCUACAGACGUGUCUUCGCUUUCUCGUAACCGUAAAUCGUAGAGUUUUUUGGGAUUACACGUCAUGGCGGCGGGCAAUCUGUUGGCCAUCCUCCUCCUGGGCAGCCUCUGCAUGGCCCACGCAUAUCCGGCAUUGUUGCCCUACAUUUACAGUCCUUCCAAGCGGAAUGGCGUCGACUUGACUUUCCCCCAAAUCGAGGACGAUGUGAGUGAACUAGACCAGCUGCGAAAUGAGCCAGGAGCGGUCUUGUCCAAGCGACAGCAGGACGGAAGCACGGCCCGAACCACCACCACCACCAAGGAGAGCGUCGAGGAAGUGGCUGCUGCUCCAGAGCCUGGUCAAAGCCCAAAUCCGAACAUCCUGCCCGACCUGGAGCGACAGCUGGAAGUGGCUACACCUUUGAUUUCAACCACUACAACGACCAGCACUUCGGCUACUACGACAACGGCCACGUCCAAGGAGGAGGGUGAAAGAUCCCAGCUGGAGGAGCCCAAGACCCAGAUUAAAUCCGUGGUGGAGCCUACGGCCCAUGCCAAGUGUAUAUCCACGAAACCACCCAAAAAUCAACAGGCAUUUUACGGGGCAGCUCGUCUAGCCUUUGGUCAAAAUCCGGAGGUACUACCAACGACUACCACAACCAGUACAACGACAACUACAACGACUACGACACCAGCUCCUCCUCCAGCAGAAGCGGAGCCAGCAGCGGAGUCCAAGUCGGAAACAGAGUCUGAACCUGAAGCUGGAACGGAAACGGAGGCAGAGUCCACCGUAGAUGUGGCCGGAGAGCCAGCCGAGGCGGAAGAUCCCAUUGGCGAAGUAGCCGAAACCGAACUGACCGCUUUGAAUCCGCCCAAACCAAAACAGAAUCACCAUGAGCCCAACAAGGAGACCAUUGGGGACAUCGUCUUCGAUGUGGUGGCCCGAACAACUGAGCGCAGGUCCAGCACGCCCAAGAUCACGGCCAAGACCGUGCAGCACUUGCUGCGCAGUCCAAAUGGCCAGUACUCCUCCUUUGACAUGGCGCAGUACAUUUUCUGGACUGGCGAUGAGACAGCUGUGGUGAAGGCUGUGGAAGAGCUGGUUGAAGGAAAAGUGAUCACCCGUGAAAGCGCCCUUAAAUUCCUGCAGGACAUUCGGCUGGGCAUCGAGUUCCUGCAGCGGUCCUAUGCCAAUCGCAUCUUUCCCGAGGAAGUUCGCCAGAACCAGCUGAAGCGUCAUAGUCCGCCCAGCACUAGGCCCCCAACCACAACCACAACAACUACGACGACAACUAGCACAACCACGGAGAAGCCCUUCCCAGAAGUAAGGGAAUCUGGAUCCCAAACCGGGAUGCCACAAGAGGCAGGAGCAGCUCCCAUUAAAAAUUUCGAUAGCUUCACCUUCUGGAACAAACUAAAGGUUCUGGACAACGAAGCACAGCAAGAUCUAACCGAUUAUGAUGAGGGUCGGGCCAAAAUUGUGGAGUACUUGUAUAAUGAAUAUUCGCUGGAGGAGAUACUCUACAAGCUGGCCAAGGUGAUGUUUGCCCAAUCUCUGUCCCAUGGUUCAGAUGAGGCUCAAAUGGAGCUGCAAAAGCUCACGGAAUUCUUAGAGCGCGAGGGCAACAUGGGUGUCAUUCCCCUCGAUUUGCAGAAGAAAGUCUUAAGAGUUCUCCUAAGCGCACUAUCGGACACUUUGACCGAGCAUCCUGAGCUGCUGCCGGCGGCGCGCGUCAAUCUGGCCAACCCGUAUUACAGGCUUCCAAUGCAUACCCCCAGUCUAUAGAGCUCCUCUAUGGACAAUUAUCAGCUAAAUACAAAUCUCUAUAUAUAUAUGUUACCACGCAUAAUCCGCAUCAGCUGCUAAUGGCAUAUACCCACUGAUCGGCGCUACUCUGGGGAGGCGCACUCUCUGAACUUUAAUUAAACUGGGCCCUAAGUUCACCCCGCGAUCGAUUGGCACCUUCCAUUUUGGUUUACGGAUUAGCCUACGUGUAAUAUAGCAAAAAAGAUAAUGAAAAUACUCCCGUGAUAUUUUUGGUCAGGCAGAGGCUGAGAAUAACCUUUUACACUUACGGUACGAUAAGAGAAUCAAAAACAAAAGACAAACCAAAGAGUAACCGAACCAAAACAAAACAAAACAAAGUAAAACAAAAUCAUAACUGACGAGAGAGACUUGCGCCCCUUUGAGCUUUUAAAAUUAAAAUAGAUUAUCUAUAUGUAUAUGUCCAAUGUAUGCAUACGAAUUGGCACACUUGCUUAUAUUUGAUAUGAGUUUGUUAGUUAGAUACAAUGAGGUUGAGGUUGAGGUCGCUGGCAAAAUCGAUGGACGGCCACGGACGACCGUUUGAAGCAGGAAAGGGCUCUGAGUCCGCCUAUAUCAGUAGCAAAUAUGUAUGGUUAUAACCGCUCCACGGACGAGCGUUCUCAGUCGUAAAUAGUUCUUACUCUAUAUAUGUUCUCCCCCGAAUAAUUGAGCAUUGCAUGCAUUAUUGAUGGAUUGGUUAAAUGAUUGAUUGCGUUGCGAGUUACAUAUACGAUAUGCAUAUAAGAACUAGAACCUGUAUCAACAAUUAUCGAUUAUACACUCAAUAUACAUACACAUAUAUAU